GCAGCGGUCACUGCGCGUCCCGGCGCGGGGCCGACGCCGGCCGGGUGGGCAGCGAGGAGUGCGCGAGCCCGGACGCCCUGGGCUUCGGUGCCGGCCAGCCCGGCCCAGCGCGCUCGGCUGGGAAACUUCUGCGGGCGCAAGGCCGAAGCUCUGCGCAGGGUCGGGGAAGGAAAGGAAACCACAAAUUAUUUGUGGACUAGAUCUGAAUCAGGAGCCCAGAUCUGAAUCAGGAGCCCAGAUGAACUUAAAGAAGCUAGCAUGGGAUUUUUAGUUUUUCCAAGAUCCAUACACACGAAACCCUGAGUCACUACAACUCCAGUGUCCAGGCUGUCUCUGGUUUUAUAAAGAUGUAGCGAAACUCUGAUGAUGGAAAAGCAAAGGACUUAAGUAAUUACUUGCUUCAGUAUCAUCUAAUGUCAGCUGAAAAGUGAACCAGACAGUAGGACAGCCAUGGAGAGAAAUUCAAGUCUAUGGAAGAACCUGAUAGAUGAACACCCAGUCUGCACCACCUGGAAGCAAGAGGCCGAAGGAGCCAUUUAUCAUCUUGCCAGUAUUUUAUUUGUAGUAGGUUUCAUGGGCGGCAGUGGAUUCUUCGGGCUCCUGUACGUCUUCAGUUUGCUGGGGCUGGGUUUUCUCUGCUCUGCUGUCUGGGCUUGGGUAGAUGUCUGUGCAGCCGACAUAUAUUCCUGGAAUUUUGUACUGUUUGUCAUCUGCUUCAUGCAGUUUGUUCACAUUGCGUAUCAAGUUCGCAGUAUAACUUUUUCCCGAGAAUUCCAGCUCUUGUACAGCUCCCUUUUCCAGCCCCUGGGGACCUCUCUACCCGUCUUCAGAACAAUUGCUCUGAGCUCUGAAGUGGUUACUUUGGAAAAGGAACACUGUUACGCCAUGCAGGGGAAAACCUCCAUUGAUAAACUCUCUCUGCUUGUUUCGGGAAGGAUCAGAGUGACAGUUGAUGGCGAAUUUCUGCAUUACAUUUUCCCCUUCCAGUUCCUGGAUUCUCCUGAAUGGGACUCACUGAGACCCACAGAGGAAGGCAUUUUUCAGGUAACCCUCACAGCAGAAACUGAUUGUCGAUAUGUGUCUUGGAGGAGAAAGAAAUUAUAUUUGCUCUUCGCUCAGCAUCGUUACAUCUCCCGCCUGUUUUCCGUUUUAAUUGGCAGUGACAUUGCAGAUAAACUCUAUGCCUUGAAUGACAGGGUAUAUACAGGAAAAACAUAUCACUACGAUAUUCGGUUACCCAACUUCUAUCAAAUGUCAAGUCCAAAAAUACCCAAAUCACCCCUGACAGAACAUUUCCGGAAUUCUAGACGGUAUUGUGAUAAAUGACAUCAAAGUUGGAAGUUUUAUAAUUUAAGACCCUCAUCAUCAUUCCCCAAAUGAAAUACAGAAAAUUGUGCUCACUCAUAUUUUUAUAAAUUAAACUCAGAAGCAAGAUGCCACUGCCAGCUGUUUUACUCAUCUCAACCUCUGCAUUGUGAAUAAAGUUUACAAAUUUC